CAGUCCGUCAUGGCUCGUCCCGGCGGGGCUCCCGCCCCGGCUCCUGCCUCCCCGGGCUCCCCGGCUCUUUCCUUCCCGGCUGGCUGCAGCCUCUCAAGGGGACGCUUCACACCGGGCGCGAAGAUGAAGCGGGGGCUGCUCCCACAGAUUCUCCGGCUCCGUCAGAGACAGUCGAGAAGGGCUCCCUCAGAUGUACGAGUAACACAGCCCUUGUCAAACAGCCGGGGCUGUGGUGUUCCCCAGGACUGGUCUCCCUGUCCCCCGCCUAAUCCAAAGCCUUCCCUGUCGCUUGUGUCACUCGGGGGACGCCGACAAAUCCUUCCGGCAUGCAGCAAAACAGCUCCCUUAAACACCCUUUAAACUCUGCUUCAGCCCACUAUCCCUCUUUUAUCUUGUCUUGCCCCUUAGCACGGUCCGUUACUUAAAAAAGAAGAGGAAAUAUCCUUAAAAUCUGCGGCUAGAAAGGAGAUGACAAAUACUCGUGAGGGGACUGAGUGCGAAGUAAAAAUGACGUGGGAAACAUGCCAGGUGCUAAAAGCAUAAACGGAGGUCACUGCUGCUCUUUGAAUUAAACUGCUCCCGGCCCAAUUUCUCCCGGGGUGAGGAGGUUACCUGGAGACAUGGUGUAAACUCAACAGCCCCGCGUAGCCGCAGUGCCUGCAGCCUCUGCCUCGAGAAUUGUGCUCCGCACUCAGGGAAACAGCCGAAAAUAAAAACAAAGUGUGUGUGAUUGCUGUCCAAUUCCUCACUGGCCAGCAAAGGAAGGCAGCUGCGAGCUGAAAAUGCUCUGUAACUUGCCUUUGGGUUGCUCUGCCACUUUCACUUUUAGCUGCUGAAGAACCAGGUUUCUGGGCGUUAAUACAUUUAAAGACCAUAUGUCUGACAAUCAACAGGAUAAGAGGAGAAGCAAAAAAGGUUGUGGAAGUGUUGCUGUGGACAAUAUAAUGGAAGAAAUGCAUCAGUCAGACAAAGUUCUAGGAAAAACCAGCCAAAUUGCACCAACAUCCAGAACACAGCCAGACCAACAAGUGGCGUGUUUUCCAAGUAAAAAUCAGAUUGCAUUACCCAGGAAACAUCACACUUCUUUACCUUUCUUCUCAAAGAAAGAGAACAUGGGAUGUGGCUUUGGCUUCAACUUUCUGCUACAGACCUCAUGCCCAGAAUCUAACAUUUCAACAUCAUUUAUGGAUUUAGAUACUUUCCAGAUAAUAAAAGCACAAAUACAACGAAGGUUAAAUGUAACAAUGCUAAAAACCAGGAACAAGAAAUCUGAGUUUCAUUUGCCACCACUGACAUGUCAGCCUGUAAGAACAAUUCAUCUUGCUCCUCUAAAGGAUGAUAUUGUCAAUGAAAGCAGCAACAUCAGAAAUAUUUUAAAAAUUAUGAACUCUGUUCCUCAGCCUAUAAAACCAGUUUCUAAGGUUUAUCAGUAUCAGUUGGACAACUUAUUAAACAGGCACAGUGAAAAGAAAUUACCAGAAUUGAUCAUGGCCACAGUUUCUGGCAAGUUCACUCCAGUGAAGGACUUGUACUACUUCAGCAUUAAUAACUGUGAUAAGUACCCCAACAACAGGAAGGAAGAAAUCCAAAGCUAUUUAAAAUGGAGGGAAGCUGAUGUAAAAAUCCACACUGAGAAGAAGAACCAGGUGAAGUUCCAGUGUUCAGUGGUUUGUGAGAACAUCAGUCUUCUGAGCCCAGCCAGGUUCUGGGAUGAGAGUCAUCCCCACUUGAGCUCAAGCAAUGCUCUGGGGAACUGUGGCAUGUUCACAGCCCAGACAACAUUUACAAUGUCCAGCAACAGCGAUGCCUCAAGAGCCGGCAAUAAGCAAAAUGAAGCAGAGAAUUGCUGUAGCACUGGUCUGGAAGAGGAAAAUGCUACAGAGAUGAUGCAGGGUUAUAAACCACAGGAAGAUGCCAAGAGUGCCAACUUUGUGCUUUGCAAUCAGGAUUUAGAUUCUUCCUGUGGAAAUGAAGUGAUAGAGGUGUACAAAGCUUUAGAAGAUAAUUCUGUAGUUGCUGUAAUUCCCCGAUUAGAAGUUGAAGAUCCCUCUGGAAAAGAGUCAGAAAAUCAAAUCUGUCCCUCUAAAUAUGAAAUAGAAAAAGAAGCAAUGUCAGAAGCAACUUCAGAGGACCAAAGUGAGCUUGUAGCUGUUGCUCAUGUUACAUUCUCUGAACAAGAGCCAGCCAGGGAACCACACAUUGCUGAAAAACCUGCCACAAAAAAGGGUGGUGUCUGUACCCUGCCUCCUCAUGUUACUCAGAGCCUCAAUGUUCUUGCUCACAAAGAAAAUGACAAAAAUAAAAUAAAGAUGAAUAGGAAUAAAUAUUCAUCAAAAUUUAAAAUUAAUAACAAGAUAAAAGUAUCUGAAGACUUAAUUGCUUCUGAUGAGGUUACCACAAAAUCAAUUGCCAAGACUCAGAUUUUUCCAUCUUUGGAACUGACAAAAGUGAAAUCUGAGACUUCCAUGAAGUGUCAGAAAAAAAACACUCAAGGAGACAAAGGCCAUGUUUCUCAGAGAGCACAAAAAAUUAAAAAGCAAAGUUGCUUCUGCAGUUGCAAAAAUUCAACUGCCUUAAAGCAACAUGUUACUCCACUUUGUGUGCCACAUGCACCCUCUGCUUCAGAUUUUGUAGAUCUGAAAUACACUGACAUGUUCAAAAUAAUAAAUUCAGAUGACGAAGGCCCAGGUAUUUACGAAAUGUUUGGAACUCCUGUCUAUUCCCACACGCGAGACCUCGAUCAGCAUGAGGGCAGGUUUCAUAAAGGUGUAUCUUCUGCUUCACCAGGAAGGUGCACCUGCAGAUCUACCUGCAGUAAAGUGGGAGAAAGCAGCAGAGUCAGAAACGCUCAAAAAAACCCACAUUCCAAGCCAAAGAAGGUCAUACCUGGUGCUAAACAAAAGCAGAAAGGUUUCACCACAAAGGACAGAAGGACCAAGCUGAGUGACAGCAACACAGAGCAAGGUAAUGUGACAACUUCUGACUUGGAUUCUCAAACACACAGCUCAAGUAACGCAGCAUUGUUUCAUGGAGACACAGAUCAUCAGCUCACAUUUUUAGAAGAGCUUUCAAGGUCAACAGCAGAGCAGAACAUCUGUGUGCCCCAGUGCAGGAGGGAUAUGGAUGGUGGCAAAGGCCUGGAAUCACACCAGGACUUCAAGUCUGACAGUAAAUGUGAAUUGCCCUUUUCAGAUAGACUGCAGUGUCAGUCCCCUACAAAAAUAGAUCACAAUUGGGCAGACACUCCUCAAAACAGUGGUUUGGCAAAUGAAUGGACUCGACCUUCAUUGUUUCAGACAAAAAAUGCCAAAAGCCUCAGUUUCCAGACAAGUCAGAACAUUUCCUCCUGGGCAGAUACUAAGGAUGUGACUGAUGAGUUGCUUUGUUGUCUGGCCAAAGAAUUGCUAAUGCUUGAAGAAAAAGACACCAAUUCUUCAAGAACAAAAAAUACAAGUUCUAAAAUACAGAAUACACAGAGUGAAGAAGAGGAAAUUAUGUUGACUGAAGAUGGAGCAAUAAUAAAUAUUUCUCUAGAGAAGAGUUUCAGUAAAGCCUUUUUGGCUUCAAAUGAAGAAAAUGGCCUUCUGAAUUUUGAUGAAUCUACUAAAUUACCAGGAAGCAGUUUGGCUGCCAAAGAUCCUGUCAUGUGGACAAGAGGAGAAGUCCUUGGAAAGGGAGCCUAUGGCACAGUGUACUGCGGUCUGACAAGCCAGGGACAGUUAAUAGCUGUAAAACAGCUGGUUUUGGAUACGUCAGAUCAACUCACUACAGAAAAGGAGUAUCAGAAGUUCCAUGAGGAAGUUGAUCUUUUGAAGACAUUGAAGCAUGUAAAUAUUGUAACCUAUUUAGGAACUUGUCUGGAAGACAACAUUUUAAGCAUAUUCAUGGAGUUUGUUCCUGGUGGCUCCAUUUCCAGUAUUCUGAAUCGCUUCGGUCCAUUGCCAGAAGUUGUCCUGUGUAAAUACACCAAGCAAAUUCUACAAGGGGUUGCAUAUUUACAUGACAACUGUGUGGUCCACAGAGACAUCAAAGGCAAUAACGUGAUGCUCAUGCCCACCGGGGUAAUAAAGCUGAUUGACUUUGGCUGUGCCAGGCGCCUGGCCUGGGCCAGCCUCAGCGGCACCCGCGGCGAGCUGCUCAGGUCUGUGCACGGCACUCCCUACUGGAUGGCUCCAGAGGUAAUAAAUGAGUCUGGCUACGGCAGGAAAUCAGACAUCUGGAGCGUUGGCUGCACCGUGUUUGAGAUGGCAACAGGCAAACCCCCUCUGGCUUCCAUGGACAGGGUGGCAGCCAUGUUCUACAUCGGGGCCCACAGGGGGCUGAUGCCGGCCCUGCCCGAUCGCUUCUCCAGCGCUGCCGUGGAGUUUGUGCACGCCUGCUUCACCAGAGAUCAACACGAACGGCCUUCUGCUCUGCAGUUGCUGGACCAUCCCUUUGUGAAAGGAAGAUGGUGAAUUUUUCAAAACUCUUACAAAUGAGCAUGUGUUUUCCAUGGAAAAGAUUUUCACUUGUGAAAAAAAGACCAGGAGGAACUGGACUUCAAUGUGACAGCAGAAAUACUGGAGAGCAGUUGUAUUCAAGGAGUCUGUUCUGCAAUGUGUGUCCCUCACAGUGAACAGCAGGCCACCUUGUGUUGUAUUUGGAGAGACUUAAAGGGAAAAUAAAGUCACCAUCAGUGGCAUGUGACAGGCCAGGUAAGCUGGAAUGUCUGUAGAAUGCUAUGGAACACAAGCUAUGGGCAGAGAGCUCUGCAGGUAACUCCAGCUUGGAGAUGAGUAAUGAGUGUGAUGAUCCCACAUGUGAACCUCAGACCAUCUACUGGCAUAAAAUGUACUGAGGCUUUAUUCAGUCAGGUGAGCCCUUUUGUUUAACUGGACUUUCACUUCACUUUUUAGCUGAAAGUUUUUUACACACAUGGAUGAGCCCUGUGUUCCUGAGGCCCUGUAUCUCCAUGAGAUACUGUGGUGGUAAUGAUAGAGAUAAUGAUCUAAACAAUGGGGCUGCCUGUUUUAAAUGAAGUAGUGCAUUUUAUGGGCACUUUCAGGUCGCAGAAGGUUGAGGUUGGAAGGGGCUCUGGAGAUGCUCUGGUCCAGCCCCACUACUCAGAGCAGGGCUGACUGAAUUGGGGUGCUCAGGUCCUUGUCCCAUUGAUUUUAUGGAUGGAGACUCCAAAGCCACUCAAGGCAACAUGCUCCAGUCUUUCACCCCCCACAAGAUAGAAAUGAUUUUAGGUCAAGUUGUCCCAUUGUACCUUGUCCUGUCACUGUUAGCACUGCAGAGUCUGGCUCUGUCUUCGUUACUGUCCCCAUGGGGUGCUGGUACUCACUGAAAACCUGAAAUGCUUCUCCAACCACUUGAGUGAGCACUGUCUGUGACUGGGUGACACAAACAGAGCCCCUCUGCACUCCAAUCUUUACACUUAGUAGAACUAGCUACUACAAACUGAACAAAAUUAAAUAAAACGUGAAAAGCUUUAUUAAGUAUUAAUAAAGCAAAAAAAGCAGGUAUUAGUAUUUAGAAUGCCUUUUUGUUGAUAAGAUUUCUUCCUAUCAAAGUGGGGUAAAUCUUUAGCUUUUUUGGAGCACCCAGGCUCCAGGAAGAGAGGCAGUAAAACUCAGCCCUACAAGUGUCCAGAGCUGAGCUCUCAGGAAUCCAAGACCCUGAUUUCAGUGCCAGCAGUAUUAUGAACAUUUGUGUUUUACAAAUGGGAAAGAAGGCAGUUCUAUAUUUUAUAUAAAACCAACUUUCCUCAGAGUGCUAAACAUCUUAGUUACUUAAAUAGCUUUCAAACUUAAUUUUAUUCCAGUAGCUUGACCUUAGGGAGUUAAGUCUAAACUUUAUGAAAGCAAAGAGAAAUCAGUACUUCUAGCAAAAUUCUUUAUUAAUAGUUUCUGUAGGUAUAAUGUCACAUAACAAUGACAGAACAUUAUGCCAGUAUAAGAUAAAUCCUAACAUCACAGUAAUCUUCAAAGUUCAAGCAGUUAACAGUCCUUUUUUGAGGAGUAUUGUUUGGUGCUCAUGCCAGACAUCCAUGGCAACAUCAUGUUAAAGUAUCUUCAUGUUAAAGUACCUCGCAGAAUAAAGGCAGGAGCCCGGGCAUGUGAGCUCUAGUGGGAUGUACAUAAUUCCAUGAUGUGUACUAAUUCUUCUCAGAUUAAGGUAGAGUCUUCAACAAAGCUGCAAAGUAAAUAUGAGGGUUUAUUUAUCAUGAAAUGAAGCUGAGAUGAGAGUCAUAAGCAAAGAAAGAAUGGGAAUGCUUUAGAAUAUAUAAUUAAUUAAAAAAAGGUCAGCAUUACAAACCCCCCUUAUGCACAUCUUAUAAGCAAAACUAACAUCUGUAACUUGUUAAGAGUUCUCCAGUAUUAAGGUUACCAUUUAUUUGCAAUUUGUCAUGUUUAAUCCAGUUAAUUACACUGAAAGUAAUCAUUAGAGGUUUGUAAAACUUGAACCUGAGUUUUUAAUCAAAAUGUGAAAGCACAUUUUUGCUUCUGCUAAACCAGACUUCAAGAAUGAGGUGUCAGUUUAAGGCCAGCACUUGCAACAAGGGUAUUUCAGUUUAAUCAGAGCUGUGCUUGCAGCAGAGCUCAGGGCCCAGCACAGCUAAACCAAGCCCUGUGUUAGUCUGGGGAGUCUUGUGUGCUUGGCUGAGCCUGUCUGCUGGAGCAGUCUAGAAACAAGUCUAACUUUGCAUAUUUCUUACUUGAGGAGAUCAGAGAUUUUCACACCAAAAUCCAGGUGCCUAAUUACAGGUAUCCAAUGUAACAAGGGGAAAGGGUGUGAAAUCCUGAAAAACACCUUUUUCAUGGGACCCUGAGCGAUUCAGUGAGCAGGGUCACACUUUGCUUCAUUAUUUAUAGCGUUGGUGCAGGGCACACCUUGCUGGUUUAAAGACUACAGCCUUCCUUUCUGAAACCAGUAAGGAGCCAUUACAGUGCAUGCAGCCUGCCUAGCACUUGCUGUGACUGCAGGUUUCCUCAAGAUUAGAAGCUCAAAUCUCAGCAGCUGAAGGUACAGCCCUGUCCUGGUAUUAUUGUAGGGUUACCCAGGGUUUCUGUCACAGUAACGAGAGCCCUGGUCACUUCUCAGAAGGGAGGGGCCACAGGCAGCCAACCCAGCUAUGUUACACUGCUCUUGGAAUUACCACCAGCACUAGGAUGUAAAAAUUUGCAUCUAAAAAAUCCUCUCUUUCCAAGGAAGCAGAGCCUGGUCCCCAAAAUAUGAGUCUCUUGAGAUGAUUUGGGUUCAAAUUUAGCGCUGUUCCAUAAACUCAGUAGGAACCGAUGCCAUUUCUACACCAUUCCUAUCAAACCUCUGGUUCCUGCACACAGGGAAAGAACUGGAGUUCUCCCAAGGAAGGGCCCUCAGGACACACUCCAGUGCCUCUUCUCCCCUAUUUUCCCCUUCCCACAGGGACCAGCACCAUGGGACAGCUCAGGAAUUUUAGGUGUUGUCAAAGAACACAAUUUGUGAACUAUGGCAACACCAGUGUAGCUGCUCCAAGUGCAGGGAUAUAGUACCCAAACUGUAAAACCCAAGCAGUGAGUUUCAAGGUUAUAAAUUUAGUUUGGAUUUGUUAUAUCCAUUUCAGAAGCCAGAGAAACAACCAUUCCCAGUAGCAGUGGGAGAGAAGACUCCUGGUACUAAUUAUCUCUUUAAGGUGUAAGGAGUUAAGCCUUUCAGAGAAAGGAGAAAUUAACUAGCUAGUUCAGGCUGGCAUCACUUCCAAGGCUCAAGACACUAAUUUUUAGAACUUAAGUGCAUUUACAUCAAAUUAAAGAGAGCAAAGUAUUUGCUCAGUCCAAUCAACUUCCCUGCAAAACAAGGAUUGGGAACCCUUCCCAUAAGAUCUUAGAAAGAAAAUGGUGUGGUGCUGUCACCCACCCCCUCACUGCUGAAAAGAAAAAUAAUAAUAAAAACCCCUCUACCGUCAGACCUGGCCUGACACUGCUCACUGUUAUCACCAUGCACAGGCUCUGCCCACAAGGUGGAGAGAAGGAGCAGCUUAAAUGGCACAAAACGUCUAGAAUUUGCUUUCCAGGUACCAAAUACCUGAUCAAAGUAAUGGAAAUAAAGGAAACAAGUAAGACUUCAGACUUUCCAGCAUUCCAUUAUUUGAAUGAUUUGAUAACAACUAGCACUGUUUUGCCAAUAACUGAAAGGGGAUCUUAGUGUUUACUAACAAAGUUGGAAAAUUAAACAUAGGAAAAUGGGAUCAUUUCUGCACAAUAGAGGUGAGGUAGGGAAUUUUAUUGAAAAUACUUUUUUUUUUUACAAGUUCUUAGAAAUAAACUUUUUUCUAAUCUCACACAAACAGCUGUACCUCAAAAAUUCAACUAAUCUAUUAUGAAACAUUUAUAUUUACAGUUAACCAAAAGAAUAUACAGAACUGCCAUGUUAUGCAAAUAGCCAAGUACCAGCUCACAGUGAGAUACAUGACCCCAGAAUUCCCACCAUCAGGAAGAUUCAACAUAUGAAAGAAUCUCACUAUUCUACAAACCUCAUCUCACAGAAAGGAAAGAUUUUUAAUAGUGUUGUAGCAAGGUCUCCACUACAGCAUCAUUUUACAAAUUACAUAAUUAAUGUACUCAAAUUUGUAACAAAAAACCUGUAGUAAGUGAUGAACAAAGUAAUAGUGUCGACUAUGAGCCUUUUAUUGCGUUUAUUCAGUCAUUCACGUGAGGCUGAUGCCGAUCCAAAUAGUUUUCAUUCAUUUCCAACACCUCAGUCAGGCUGCAAUUCACACCAUUCACUAAUUUACAGUGGGUUUCAGUCAGCAAAAACUAGUGGCACCUGAUUGCAUCCCCUCUCCCUCCCUCUCAGUCCUAGGAUCACCACAUGGAAUUCAGACACAAACACACAGACAAUUUUACCUAUUUACAAUUACAUUGAAAACCAAACCCUUUGAGUUUCAUGGACAUCCUUUACAGAGAAACCAAAACCCACUGUUUGGAUCUCAAUGUAACACAGCAACAUUUUGUCCACCAUAUUUCACAAUUUCCCAGAAUCAAAACAGGUAAUAGGUUUUUUUGUAACAGCACCAUAGGAGGAAGGCCUAUGCUCUUUUCCAAGGUAUAUUAGACAGGCACUAGUUACCAUCCAGACAUUUGAACUUCAGGUUGUGACAGCAACUGCUAUAUUUACAGUACAAUAUAUUGCUUAUCCAGAGUGGCUGUAUAAGAUGCAUUUCCUGGCACAAUUAUUUCAACAGACACAAAAAGAAAGUACUGUAGUGCUUCAAAGACAGUUUCCUGCUAUUUCAAGAGUCUGUCCAGGCUCUAGUUUAGGACAGUAUAUAAUGAAGAUUACAUUGGUUACAAAUCAGACCCAAGAGUAGCACUGAGAUGGAAAGGAAAGGGACUAUAAAAGGAUAGAAAAUAUUCAACAAUGCAGAAGUUUGUAACAAGAAGUUACAUCCCGAAUGUAGAAAAACAACCAAGUCAGGAGGGAUAAGACAGCUUUGGAUUUUGUACAUGGGCCUUGAUUUACACUAAGAUAUAGCAGAAAAUGCAAUCAGGUUUCCAUUUAAAUAUUCCUUAAGUGUAAAAAAAGUAUUCAUAGUUUAAAUAAAACUUAUUCAAGUAAUUACAAGCGUUUGCAUUACUGGAAACAGAGUAUUACAUAGUAAUUGAGAUACCUGUAGUUACAUCAUACAGCAACUACCAACCAGGCUGAUACUGAACAGUUUUCUCAUUUAAAGCACAGGUGAGUAAAUAACUGGAAGGGCAAGGCUGCAGAUGUUCAUGGGGGACUUACAGAGUUAAACAAGCACUAAGGGAAUGAGGAGGCUUAGCAAAAGUUUACUUCACAUCAUGUUCACUUCUAAGUUAAAAGAAGUCACUGAAGACUGGCUGUUGCUACUAUAGAUCUACUGAGUUCAUGUUGAGGUACUUCAGAGCUUAUGGACAGUUGUAAGAACCCAGAAGGUCAGUUCCCUGUUCUGCAGGUGGCUGAGCUGCAGUAUUGGCUUUGAGAACACAGCACAUGCACACCCAUCACUCCUCCUGCAGAGCACAACCCCUGCAAAGAGCUGCCAGGCCUCGCCCUGACACUCGCAGGCAGGUUAAUGGAUGUACUGGUUCAACUGGGACACUCAGGGGAUCUCCUAACCCCACAGAGCUGAAAAAACCAGAACAAGUAUCUUCCAAUUUGGUAACUAAUGACAAGUACAAUCCACAGAAUCACUGGUAACUAUUUUAUUGUUGGAAUAUAAAGUUGGGAUAUCAAUAGUUUUAUUCUUAUUUACUGUGAAGACUGCAUUCACCUGUAAAAGAAAUAUGGCAUCACACACAAGUACACUUUUUGGAUUUCAGAACACAGGUAUUAUUCUGAAAUGCCAUUGGGAACAGUGACCCCUGUUUGCUAUUAGAAAAAAUUAUGUGUUUUUGUGUUUUGUUUCUGAAAAGGAUAAUUUUCCCACAAUGACAGUUCUGACUUGCAUUUAAAUCACAUUAAUCUACAUAAUCAUCAUUAACAGCUCUGUGUCUAUUUUACUGCAUCAAGCCAAUAAACAUUUAAAUGCACUUCACAUCAAAAGAUUAUGUAAACUUUUAUUUUAAUUCCUUCUUCAUUCAGAAAUCUAGGGACAUUUCUGAGGCCUGGCCACAGUGAGUGAGCAGAGGCCUAUCCCUUUUCCUGCCUCCCUGCUAAUACUGUGUGGUGCUGACGUGGUCCUGGAUGCCUCCUCCAGUCAAGUGUCCCUUUUAAGCGGCUUCCAAUAAGGCCUACAGUUUAAAGAUAAACAAGACAAAGUGCCAUCGUGGUUUGGGUAACUGAUGGACUCUGGCAAGAUAAAAUAAAGUUAUGUGUAUUUUGUUAUACUUACAAGCAGCUCCAAUCCUGAGUAUUUAUGGUAUAUCUAAACAUACAAAAAUGUAUGUACAUUUUUCUCCACUUUCUUGUAAACAGUUGUCAGUAUACUGUUUUUAAUCCCUUUAUCUUUGAAACAUGCAAAUCAUACAUACAAUAUAAA